AGAGGUGCGGCUGGCGGCCUGACCGCGGUGAGGGAUCGGCUCGGUCAGUGGCGGAUCCUCGGGUAAAUGAAAAAUCGCAAGCCAUCAGAACCGGCCGAUUGCCACUGUCGCAAAACUCGGAAUUGGGAAAACUCACGAUUGAAGACGAUUCUUGCCUUUCUCGACCGCGGGACGGUGCGCACACCCUUGUCUUUCUUGCACGGCCGGAUAUACAAAGAUUAUACAAGUCUUUUGGCGAGAGGGCACUCUUUGAGUUGUUGGAGCGGGCUUCUUGAUCACCAUGGCGCACAAAUUCGUCCUCACAGCCUUCCUCACCGGCUCUCGCAUCCUCGGCCGAUCGUUCAUGGCUGCCUACCGACAAGCCCAGGCCUCGUCGCAAUACCAGCGUGCGCAAGCCAAAGCAACCGGCGUUAGCGCCUCGGGCCGCGCUUCUCUAACGGCGGGCAUGACCCUAGAAGAGGCCUGUCGCAUCUUGAACGUCAAGCCCCCCGCCAACGGCCAAGCCAACGUCGAGGAGGUGCUCGAGCGGUACAAGCGGCUGUUUGACGCAAACAACCCGGAGAAGGGCGGCAGCUUUUACCUCCAGAGCAAGAUUGUAAGAGCAAAGGAGCGGUUCGAAGCGGAGCUCGGACCCAUACGGGAAAAGGCUGAGAUGGAAGCUGAGGCAAAGGAGGGGUGGAAGCCCAAGAUUUACAAGGAUGAAUGAGCGAGGCUGACGCGGACGAUGUGAUGUGUUCGACUAACGGGAUAAUACGGCUUGGAGGAGAUGAGGGCUUACGUGGCAGGCUCGCAUCAACUAACUAAGAGAGAGAGAGAAGAAAAAAAAAGAGAGGACCUUUGAAGGAUCUAUUAAGGGGGAAGCGAGAUAUAAUCCUCCUUCUUUUUUUGUACUAUGUUUCUUUUUUGUUUUGUUUUUUUAUUACCAC